CUUAGUGUCCACUAGGAGGCUUGACUAACAAGGUAUUUGUCUGGACGCAAACAUUUAUGGCGUAAACUGUAAAAUAUAGACACAACGAUGCUUCAAAGGAUACGAAUCGUUGCUGUCGGAGGAUUCGGCGUUUGAUGGAGGAAACACAUUUGAAAAGGAGGCUAUUUAGAUUAUCAACGAUCAACAGUCUCCUCUCUAUUGGCCAGUCUAGUGUGCAUCUAUGAACUCCAAACCGCCCUCCACUUCUGCCGUCAGUAGCCCUGUCAGCUCCGUAGAUUCGCCACUGUCAGCCGUCAGCUCGUCCAUCUGCUCUCCCGGCGUUCCCGGCACGCCAUCCGUCGGCUAUGGACCCAUCAGCAACUCUCAGAUAAACUCCUCAAUGUCUGGGUCUGGGUUACAUGCUGUCAGCAGCUCUGAUGAUGUGAAACCCCCGUUUGGCUUGAAGUCUGUCAGUGGCACUGGGCCAGUGCUGUCCCAGAAACGCAUGUGCGCCAUUUGUGGGGACCGUUCCUCGGGGAAGCAUUAUGGUGUGUACAGCUGCGAAGGCUGUAAGGGUUUCUUCAAGCGCACAGUCAGGAAGGACCUGAGCUAUACCUGCAGGGACAACAAGGAGUGUCUGGUCGAUAAACGACAGCGCAAUCGCUGCCAGUACUGCCGCUAUCAGAAGUGCCUGGCCAUGGGAAUGAAAAGAGAGGCUGUUCAGGAAGAGCGUCAGAAGAAUAGGGAACGGGAUGGAGACUAUGAAUGCAGCAGUUCAGCCAAUGAGGAGAUGCCUGUGGAGAAGAUACUGGAGGCCGAGACAGCUAUAGAGCACAGAUCAGACUUGCGCUUUGAUGCCACUGGUUCACCCAAUGAUCCAGUCACUAACAUCUGCCAGGCUGCAGACAAACAGCUAUUCACUCUGGUGGAGUGGGCCAAGAGAAUCCCUCACUUCUCUGAGCUGCCCCUGGAUGACCAAGUCAUUCUGCUUAGGGCUGGAUGGAAUGAGCUCUUGAUCGCUGCCUUCUCUCAUCACUCCAUCAGCGUGAAGGAUGAGAUUCUGUUGGCCACAGGUCUACAUGUGCCCAGAGACAGCACUCACAACUUGGGCGUAGAGGCCUUUUUUGACAGGGAAAGUGCACAGAGUGCAGAGGUGGGAGCCUUAUUCGACAGAGUGCUGACUGAGCUGGUCUACAAGAUGCGUGAUAUGCAAAUGGACAAAACUGAACUUGGUUGUCUGCGUGCCAUAGUUCUGUUUAACCCUGAUGCCAAAGGUCUGACUAGCAGCAGUGAGGUGGAGCUUCUCAGAGAGAAAGUGUAUGCGUCCCUGGAGACCUACUGCAAACAAAAAUACCCAGAUCAGCAGGGGAGGUUUGCCAAGCUCCUCCUCCGACUUCCUGCAUUGCGUUCCAUUGGCCUUAAGUGUCUGGAGCACCUUUUCUUCUUUAAACUGAUUGGAGACACCUCCAUUGACACUUUCCUAAUGGAGAUGCUGGAGUCGCCCCACUAACUGUGUCAGAGGACGAAUGGGAGACUGGGGUUUUCUACCCUGGAGAUAACUGUGACUGCACUUUUUCUUCCCAGGGGAAUUACAACAAUUGGUCAGCCUCUGGUCUGGGUUUUUUUUUUUUUUUUUUUUUUUUAGUUCAGAUAUUACUUGUUUUUUUUUCUCUUGACUAUAUCUUAAGUGUACCAUAGAGUCUAGAGACCCAAAACUUGCCAUGAAAAAUUGUUGGUGCUAUAUUUCAACAGUAAGCUAAUUCUUUUAUAUAUAUAUAUAUAUAUAUAUAUAUAUAAACACAUUCAAAACAUAAUGUUUUUAAGUAUGGAUGCUCCAGUCACCUGACUGGUUUAGAUAAGUGGGGUUUACAUUUUGAUAGAACCAUUUGAGGAUUUUAAAACACUGUGGAUGAUAAGCUUUAAGUGUGCUUCACCAUCUCUUAAGUUUGGGCGCUUUCUUCCUGUACGGCUCAUUUAUUUUGGCCCGAAAUGUAAGGACUGGUCAAGUGGGUAGAUAGAUGAAUGAAUUCAUUCAGUAUUAUAGGUUUAAAUUGAUAUUUACUUUGCUAGUGUGAGAAAUCUGGCAAAGAAAUCGAUAUGCAAUGAAGCUUGAAGUUAUGCAAAAGAGAAAAGACUUAGAUGUUUAAUCUCCAAAAAAGCAAUUAAUGUGAUAUUGUGCAAUGUUCAGCCUAAACAUUGGUGAGAUGUGAGGGAAAUGCAAGCACUCUUUUUAUUAUCUCACACACUAAUUUUUUUUAUCACAUCAUGAGUGCCUAACUGACAUAUGCUUGAUAUGUUUUUUAUUUAAUGUUUGACAGAAGAAAGGACACACAAAAAGAUGAAUUUCUGUUCAUGUCAUCAGUAGUCAUUGUACGAAGCAGGACGUUUUUCUUUCAUUUUCUUUUUGUUUUGCCUGAAGUGUCCUAGGCUGAAAUUGUCUUAAACCUGCAUUGGUUUUACUAGUCCUUUAAUAAUACACUCUCUUCUCUUAUCACAUA